GAUGGUAGUUGUUCCGGCAGCAGCAGCGGCUUCGGUGGAUCCAAUGAGGUGACGCCGCGUUCCGGGCCCGACUGCUGAGAAUGAGCCGGUGAUAAGGGGAACUAAAAACGGUCAAGUGUGGCAACAAAGACGCACUGAAUCAAGGCUAGACCAGGAACACUGAUCCCAGAACCCCCCGGAGAGCCCCCGCAUCAGUGCCGGCAGAGAGAAGCUCACCAUGGGAGGGAGGAAGCUGCCACUGGUUGUUCUCGUCUGCCUUGUUCUGGCAAUGUUGCCUUCUGGAGCAGGGACAGUUGCUGUCAUGUCGGUGGACCUGGGCAGUGAGUGGAUGAAAGUUGCGAUAGUGAAACCUGGUGUGCCGAUGGAGAUUGUCCUCAACAAGGAGUCGCGGAGGAAAACCCCCAUUGCUGUAUGUCUGAAGGAAAAUGAAAGACUUUUGGGAGACAGUGCACUAGGAGUGUCUGUGAAGACCCCUAAAACUGUGUAUAGACACCUCCAAAGUCUCCUGGGAAAAAAGCACAAUAACCUCCAGGUGGCGCUCUACCAGAAGCGUUUCCCUGAGCACCAGCUGCUGGAGCACCCAGUGAGAGGCACCGUGUACUUUAAAAACUCAGA